AUGGAGCCUCCUUCGAAGAAGAUGCGAACCCUUUGGGACGACGACAACUCCAGCGACUCGGGUGAUGAUGCUGGUGGUGUCUCCCUCACCAAGGCCCCCGAGGCAGGCUUCAAGAUCAACGAAGACUAUGCCCGCCGCUUUGAGCACAAUAAGAAGAGAGAAGAGGUGCAAAAGUUGGAGUCCAAAUAUGGCAAAUCCUCCAGUCUAGGAAAGCACCGAGCUGAUGAACCCUCCGACGAGGAGUCUUCUGACGAUGAGGAAGAAGACGACGAUGGCGAGCUGGCUACCGAAGCAGUUGAUGCUGAGAUCAUUGCUACCCUAAAGGCUAUUCGUGAGAAGGAUCCCCGCGUGUACGAUGCGAACGCCACUUUCUACACCGAGGUGGAUGAAGACGCCGAGGCGCCGAAGGUAAAGAAGGAGAAACCCAUGACGCUGCACGACUACCAUCGCGAGAACCUUUUGAAGGGAGUUGAUGCCGCCGAAGAGGAAGAGAAGACAACCAUCAAGACCUUUGCUCAGGAGCAAGCCGAGUUGAAGGAUGCGCUGGUCAAGGAGAUGCACGCAACCGACUCGGACGAGGAAAUGGAGGAUGCGGAGGACAACUUCCUGGUUCGCAAGGCCGGUGGAGCCGAUGUUAUUCCCGAGAAGGAGAUCGAGCUGGAUGUUGAGAAUGCAGACAAGGACCCCGAAACGUUCUUGUCCAACUUCCUUUCCGCUCGCGCUUGGAUCCCGGCAGGUGGUCAACGAGAGCUCCACCCCUUCGACUCAGACGACGAUGAGGAAUUGGACCGGGCCGACGCUUUCGAGGAGGCCUACAACUUCCGCUUCGAGGAUCCCAGCAAGCUCAACGAAAAGAUCAUGACGCACGCUCGUGACACUACCAACAGCCUUUCAGUCCGUCGUGAGGAUAAGAGCGCGCGCAAGAAGCUCCGUGACGCCGAGCGUCAGCGCAAGGAGGAAGAGAAGAAGGAGCGUGAGACCGAGAAGAACCGUCUUCGCAAGCUCAAGACCGAGGAGCUUCAGAAGAAGGUCUCGCAGAUCAAGGAGGUGGCCGGUCUACGUGCUGCUGAGUUCACGGAUGAGGAUUGGGCCCGCUUCCUUGAUGACGCUUGGGAUGACAAGGAGUGGGAGAAGGAGAUGCAGAGACGCUUCGGCGAGGGUUACUACGAGGAGCCCGAGACGGAGGGCAAGAAGCACCCCAAGAAGCCCACAUGGGACGACGACAUUGAUAUUAAGGAUCUGAUCCCUGACUACGAUGACGAAGAGGACGUCAAGCCCUCUCUGGAGUCUGGUGAUGAGGGAGAAGACGACGAUGAGGAAGAGGAGGAGGGUGCAUCUGCGUCAAAGAAGAAGAGCAAGGCCGAGCUGAGACGCGAACAAAAGCGCGAUGCCCGCAAGGAGCGUCUCCGUAUCGAAGAGGCAGUUGACCGCAGCCUGGAUCUCGAUAUCACCUUGCUCCCCGGUGCUACCAAGAAGAACGCUACCCGUUUCCGCUACCGCGAGACUUCCCCCAGAGCUUCGAAGCUUGCCUCCUUCCGCGAUGCCGAGAAGAAGGCCAAGGAUGAGCGGAAGCUGGGCAAGAAGGCUCGUCUGCGCCAGUGGCGGAAGGACACUUUCGGCAAUGAGGAGGGCCCUGCGUUCGAGUUUGGCAGUGGCAAGCGCAAGGUUGAUGCCGAUAAUGAGCAAGAGGGUGAUGAGACUAAGCUUGAUAUUCGCGAGGGUGAUGGCAGUGGGAGGAAGAAGCGGAAGCGAUCCAAGAAGCACUGA